AUGAAAUUCAGCAUCAUCGCUCCCCUCCUGGCCGGCGGCGCCCUCGCCGCCCCAGCCACGGACAGCAACAGCAACGGCCACCCCUCGGCCGCCGGCGCCGUCUUUGCCAUGACCAACGUCGCCUCCGCCAACCAGAUCGUCGCCUUUUCGCGCUCCCGCUCCGGCGAGCUCACGCCCGCGGGGACCUACGCCACCGGCGGCCGCGGGCAGGGCGUCGACUUUGACACCCAGGGCGGGCUGCAGCUGAGCGCCGACCGCAAGUUCCUCUACGCCGUCAACCCGGCCGACGACAAGGUGUCCGUGUUUGGCGUGCACGGCGCCAACCUGACUCUCAUCCAGACCGUCUACGCGGGCGACCAGCCGCUCGGCAUCGCGCUGAGCCCCAAGACGGGCUACGCGUACGUGCUCGACGGCUCGGUGGCGUCGACGGGCAUCUUCGGCUUCAAGGUCGACGGCCGCGACGGCAAGCUGCAGCCGCUGACCAACGCCACGAUUCCGCUCAGCACGCCCAUUGGCGUCCCCGGCGAUGUCGUCUUCUCGCCCGACGGCCGCGCGCUCGUCGUCACCAACAAGGUCGGCAGCACGCUUGACGUGUUCGCCGUGGACGCGGCCAGCGGCCACGCGAGCCCGACGCCGAUGACGACGAUUGCGUCGAGCGGCGUGCGGCCGUUUGCCGCCGCCUUCUUCAAGGAUUUUCUGUACGUGAUUGAGUCGGGCCUGCCGUCGCUGAAGAAUGCCGCGCUGUCGACGUAUCGCUUCAACGGCGGCGCGGCGCCGAGCCUGACGGCCAUUACAAAGGCGGAGCGCAACGACCAGACGGACGGGUGCUGGGUCGUCGUGACGCCUGACGGGAAAUGGGCGUACACGGCCAACUUUGUGUCGGGGUCGAUUUCGAGCUACGGCCUGGACGGCAACGGCACGGCCACGCUGAUGAACGGCGCUGCGGCGCUGCCCGGCGGCGAGGGCAGCCAGCCGGUGGACUUGGUGCUGAGCAGCGACGGGCGCUACCUGUACAACCUGCUGCGCGGAUCGGGCGCCGUGGCGGGAUAUGAGAUUCAGCAGGAUGGCUCGCUGAAGCAGAUUGGCGGGCUGGUUGGCAAGGGCAUGGGUCUGCCGGCCAUGGAUGGCGCGUCUGGUCUAGCUGGUUAUUAG